AUGGCUGCUCAUCUAUCGUACGGAAGAGUUAAUUUAAACAUUUUGAGAGAAGCAGCACGAAAGGAGCUUCGGGAGUUUUUGGAUAAAUGUGCGGGAAGCAAGGCCAUAGUUUGGGAUGAAUAUCUGACGGGACCGUUUGGGAUGAUAGCUCAGUACUCUCUACUGAAGGAACAUGAAGUGGAAAAGAUGUUCACCCUCAAGAGCGGCAGGCUUCCCUCUGCAGACGUCAAAAAUAUCAUCUUCUUUGUUCGUCCCAGGCUGGAGCUCAUGGACAUCAUUGCUGAGAAUGUAUUCAGUGAGGACAAGUUGCAUUCGUCCCGAGACUUCCACAUUUUGUUUGUGCCUCGGCGGAGCAUGCUGUGUGAACAGCGGCUGAAGGAGCAGGGCGUGCUGGGCUCUUUCAUCAACAUUGACGAGUAUAUCCUGGACCUGAUUCCCUAUGAUGGUGACCUGCUCUCCAUGGAGUAUGAAAGCGCUUUCAGGGAGUGCUACUUAGAAAAUGACCAAACAAGCCUUUACCACACAGCCAAAGGUCUCAUGACCUUACAGGCACUGUAUGGCACCAUUCCACAGAUAUAUGGGAAAGGAGAAUGUGCACGGCAUGUUGCCAACAUGAUGCUGAGGAUGAAGAGGGAGUUUGCCGGCAGUCAGAAUCAGAUCCUGCCUGUGUUCGACACUCUGCUCCUCCUGGACCGUAAUGUUGACCUGCUCACCCCCCUGGCCACACAGCUCACCUAUGAGGGUCUUAUUGACGAGAUCUAUGGAAUCAACAACGGUUAUGUAAAGUUGCCUCCUGAGAAGUUUGCACAGAAGAAGCAAGGUGAGGCGAGUAAAGAUCUACCCACAGAGGCCAAGAAGUUACAGCUCAACUCAGCAGAGGAACUGUAUGCAGAAAUACGGGACAAAAAUUUCAACGCAGUUGGAGCAGCGCUCAGCAAGAAGGCCAAAAUCAUUUCAGCUGCCUUUGAGGAACGCCACAAUGCCAAAACAGUGGGAGAAAUAAAGCAGUUUGUGUCUCAGUUGCCUCACAUGCAGGCAGCACGAAGCUCGCUGGCUAACCACACGUCUAUAGCCGAGCUGAUCAAGGACAUCACCACAUCUGAGGCCUUCUUUGAUAAUCUAACAGUGGAGCAGGAGUUUAUGACCGGAGUCGAUACAGACAAGGUGAACACAUAUAUAGAAGACUCCAUCGCUCAAAAGGAUCCACUGAUCAAGAUCCUGCGUCUGGUGUGUAUGCAGUCGGUCUGCAACAACGGCCUCAAGCAGAAGGUGUUCGACUACUACAAGAGGGAGAUUCUCCAGACCUAUGGUUAUGAACAUAUGCUAACAUUGAACAACCUAGAGAAAGCGGGUCUGUUGAAGCCACACACAAGCUCAAGAAACAACUACCCCACUAUUAGGAAGACCCUUAAACUGUGGAUGGAGGACGCCAAUGAACAGAACCCCAACGACAUCUCCUACGUGUACAGUGGCUAUGCUCCUCUCAGCAUCCGGCUGACCCAGGUCUUGGCCAGGCCCGGGUGGCGUAGCAUCGAAGAGGUGCUGAAGAUGCUACCAGGUCCACACUUCGAGGAGAGACAGCAGCUGCCUUCCGGGCUUCAUAAGAAACGCCAGCAGGGGGAGAACCGGACAACGCUGGUGUUCUUCCUCGGUGGAGUGUCGUACGCAGAGAUAGCCGCUCUCCGGUUCCUCUCUCAAAUGGAAGACAGCGGGAUGGAGUAUAUAAUAGCCACCACGAAACUCAUAAACGGUACAACAUGGAUCAAAUCCCUCAUGGACCGGCCUGAAUCCCAGACCCCCUGAGUCACCUGCAUGCACACCUGGCCACAUCAAACACCCCAUCCAUCAGAAAAAACCUCAGCUGCUGUUUUAUGUCCGUGUCAGUGUACUGCAGGUGUUUCAUUGAUGUGUGUGCUGGUUUAAACAGCAACAGGCUCUUUAAAGGUGCCCAGUGGAGUUGUCUUGUAAACAAAGUCAUGUUUCCAUUCAGUGUUACUGACCAAAAUACGUUGUGUGAAUCCUUGAUGCCUGAUAUGAAUGAAUUUCCUUCUUCAUAACAUUUGCGAAACCUUGUUUUUUUUUAAAUAUAAUUUGAAUUGUGCAUUAGUAUGUCCAUGUUUUCUUAGUUGUCUUUGGUUGUGGUUUCCUACACAACUACAAUUUACAACAGACAUAACACAUACUGUAUGUACGUACAUACAUACAUGUACAUAAAGUCAAUUAAAACUCAAAACCUUUAUUUAAGUCUUGAGAACAUUGAGGUUUCCCUCAUUUACAGUGGUGUUGAGAAACAGAAAUAUGAGUUAAAACUAUUUAAAUAAAAAAGCUAUAUGCAAUUGUAAUACAAAAACAAAUCAGUUCAAAUUAGAAACACUCCUACAGUUUCUACAGGUAGCUCACCUGGUGGAGCGUGCGCCCCAUGUAGGUUGAGUCCUUGCUGCAGCAGCCUGGGUUCGAUUGCGACCUGUGGCCCUUUGCUGCAUGUUGUCCACCCCUCUCUACCCUGUCCUGUCUAUCAAAUAAAGGCAUUAAAAACCCAAACAUAGCUUUAAAAAAAAUAAAGAAAUGCUACAACCGCUAACUGUGCAUCAUCUGCGGCCUCGUGUGUGCAUGAUACAAACAAAACACUGCUCCGUAGCGCUUCAAGUGGUCAGUAACUCCAAAGGGUACCUUUAAUUUUUUUUCAGUCCUUGAUUUUGCACCCAGACAAUAUAAUAUAAAGCUGGUUUAAUGCUACUGUUUACCCUACAUGUUUUUGUCCUGUGGCUCCAUUUCCAUCACUGAGGCUCUACUGUGCAGCGAUUGUAUAUAUGUAUGUAUGAUUAAAAUAUUUGGGAUGUUUGCGAUGUCAUGUAUAAGAUGAUUAAAGAUGCACUUAUACCAUUUUUGAAGGCUUUUGUAGGCAGUUUUUGCUGGGCGAUAAACAAGUAAAUAAAACUCUGCAACUGAAAUUA